AUGAAGAAAUACAGGAAGUUAAGAAACACCUACCUUCCCCCUUGUUUUAACUCACGCAGGUCAUGUAAGUGACCCAAGGUAAUAAACGUGAGAUGUAAUAUCUACACAAGAGAGAGAGAGAGAGAGAGAGAGAUGGCAAGUGAGUGACCAAGAACCUCACGGGACUGCAACAUAGAGCAUUUAAUAUCCAACCGAGAAAGUGAUUUUUGGAGUCUCAUUCUUAGUUUCCUGCCCUAUAAAUAGACAAGACUCUUGAAAACCUAACAGCGAGACCUAAACAGAGAACAUAUAUAUAUAUAUAGUCUUGUUUUGAACCAGAAAGAUGUCUCACAUAACUAUAGAAAGAAACCGGAGAAGACAGAUGAAUGAGCAUCUCAAGGUCUUACGUUCCUUGACCCCUUGUUUCUAUAUCAGAAGGGGGGACCAAGCAUCUAUAAUAGGGGGUGUUAUAGAGUUUAUAAAAGAAUUGCAUCAAGUUCUGCAGGCUCUGGAGUCCAAGAAACGAAGGAAGAGUUUAAGCCCUAGUCCUAGCCCUAGCCCUAGGCCACUGCAGCUAAUUACUCUUCAGCCUGAUCAGAGCCCCCCCCAUGGGCAAGAAAAUGUUAAGGAACUAACCGCAUGCUCCAACUCUUCAGUUGCGGAUGUGGAAGCAAAGAUUUCGGGAUCAAACGUGAUCUUGAAAAUAUUAUCGAGGCCAAUGCCAGGUCAAAUUGUGAGGAUAAUCAAUAUCUUGGAAAAACUUUCCUUUGAGGUCCUUCAUCUGAACAUAAGUAGCAUGGAAGACACUGUUCUCUACUCCUUUGUCGUCAAGAUUCUGUGGAGAAGUACUUGUCAGGCUCACUUUCAUUGGUAGACCCUACACUUAAUUGCCUAGCCAACACGUACACUGACAAGGUCCUCUGUACGUCUCAAGUGCACAACAUUAAUUAUUUCACCACUUCUCCGUAAAACGUUUAUAGGAAUUUUCUUGUUAGUAAUAAUGCAUGGUUUCUUUUCUUUAAUAGUAUAGUAACUGCAGGUUGAUGAAAUAGUUGUAUCUUACGUACCUUUGGUUAUAAAU